GCAAACUUUCACUACAGCUCUGAAGAGACACUCUGGUUCUCAGCUUGUUGCGCUCCGGUCGCCUCUGCAGCCUUGAAGCCUCGGAUUUAAAAGCUGCCAACCCCUCAAUCUGAUUAACUUCCUGUAGUCAGACUCCUGCUCAAAAGUAGAGAGAGAGGAGGAGAGGAAGAAAUCUUUCUGCUCCAAAAUAAGGCUCUCCGAGGAGCAGCGAGCAGCGCCUCGUCUCUGCAAAGCUUCACAACCCUCGCCUGAUAUCGUCGCGCACCGCAGCAUUUUAAAGAGACCGAAACUUCUUUUUCUUUUUUUGCGUUAAAAUCUAAACCGUGCGCCGGUCACUCCCGAGUCCAUGCAUGGUACGGAUGUUACAAGUUCUGACGCCCAUCGCCGACUCUUUCCCUGAUCCCAGGCACCGAGUUUGGAGACACCGUACGCUGUGAGACUGCAGGGGUUCAUGUACUGGAAAAAUGAAGUUUUGUCCCCUCUUUCAGAGGGAAAUAAGAUUCUGUCCGAAGGAAUUCCCACGAAACAGGUGAUCUCUACCGAGCGCCAGAGUACACCGGGAGGCUCGCGCUGCAGUGUGGACUCUAAACACACGCCAAUGUCUCACUCGGACGGUGAAUCCCAGCGGUCCAACAUGGAGCGAGAGGACACUCGCUCGUCGCCCAGCACUCCGUCCACCCCCUCCGUGUGCUCGCCGACCUCCACCACCAGCUCGGUGCCCUCCACCGGGAAGAACCUGUGCGCCAGCUGCGGUCUGGAGAUCCUGGACAGAUACCUGCUCAAGGUGAACAACCUGAUCUGGCACGUGCGAUGUCUGGAGUGUUCGGUGUGCCGGACGUCACUACGUCAGCACAGCAGCUGCUACAUCAAAAACAAGGAGAUCUUCUGUAAAAUGGAUUAUUUCAGUAGGUUUGGUACUAAGUGUGCCCGCUGUGGGCGGCAGAUAUACGCCAGCGACUGGGUGCGGCGCGCGAGGGGGAACGCGUAUCACUUGGCAUGUUUCGCGUGCUACUCGUGUAAGAGGCAGCUGUCCACGGGAGAGGAGUUCGGUUUGGUGGAGGAGAAGGUCCUGUGCAGGAUCCAUUACGACACUAUGGUGGAGAACCUUAAACGAGCGGCUGAGAGCGGCAAUGGCAUCACAUUAGAAGGAGCAGUUCCAACGGAACAGGACAGUCAACCCAAACCGGCCAAAAGGGCGAGAACGUCUUUCACUGCAGAGCAGCUACAGAUCAUGCAGGCUCAGUUCGCUCAGGACAACAACCCAGACGCCCAGACGCUACAGAAACUAGCCGACAUGACGGGGUUGAGCAGGAGAGUAAUACAGGUGUGGUUUCAAAACUGCAGAGCAAGACAUAAAAAGCACACGCCCCAGCACAGCGGGGCUCCCCAAGGUCAUCCUCAGUCCAGGAUGCCUUCGUCUCUGCCCGAUGACCUGCAUUACUCUCCCUUUGGCAGUCCCGAGCGAGCGCGCAUGGUGGCCCUUCACGGGUACAUCGACAGCCACCCCUUCUCCGUCCUGACCUCUCAGAGUCUCCCUCACCAGGCCAUGUCCAUGCCCCAGCUCCCCCUCAGCCGCUAGUUCUCCACCGAGACCCUCGUGACCCCCCUAACCUCCGCACCCCAGCCCCUUGAUCUACAGACCUGACUCGAGGGUCACGCAGGAGUCAGCUCAGAGAAAGGACAAAUCUCAGUGGACAGAUCCCUGGGCCCUGCCCGCCCGGAAACAGAAAAAGACACGGAAGAAAGGGAAAAAACUAAGAUACAUCAGUCAUUAUGUUCUGUUCUUUUCUCUCCGAGGACAGUAAUAUCCCACCUGCAAGCCAGUCUGUCAAAAAAUGAUUGAGAAGCGUUUAUCAAUAGCGGGAACUCACAGAUUGAAUUUUAUACCACCUAAAGGAUCCAUUUUUGCUUCUCAUGUACAGCAUCUUCCGCUCCUCUAACAUGAAGGUGAAGUUGUAAAGGGAUAAAAACUAACCAAGGACUGACACAGGACUGAAGCUUCUGGAGUGCCGUCAGAGUACUGAAGAUAAAUUUAAAGAGGGACUGUCAUUGUGGCCAAAGGUCCUGGCACACACAGUACACCACAUUAGAGGUAAGACUCCUCCAAUUCAAUUUUGUCUCGGAGCAACCAUGAAGGAAACCUAAAUGUACACAAAACACUUUUUUUUUUUGAUGGAAUAUUUUCUUUUGGAAUUACAUUUUUGACUUAAUGAUGUCUCAAAAAAAAAAAAUCAAAUUUUGUUAAAUUUUCCACUGAAAUAAGGCUAGAAUGUAAUUAUUGUUACAGGAUGAUAAUACAACGUGCCUUAUAAUUUCCAUUAUUGAAUAGGACAACUUUUCCGUCACUUAACGAUGAUUAGGACGAAUGACCUGUAAUGAUUCCUGUACUCGAUUUUCCCGGAAAAUCACAGGUUCUGUUCUGCAUUUUGAAUGUCAACGAUUAAAUUGCAGCUUCAAAAUCAGAAGCAGUCACAAAAUUGUCUGAGAUGAGCAUACUGGUCGAACCCAUUCCUACUAAAUCAAGUGACAUGUUUUCACAUUUCCAAACCAGUGUAUUAAUUUAUAAUUUAUGCGGUUGCUUGUUCAGCCUCUGUGUGGGAAAUGGAGCGUUGGUACAAUAUGGACAAUAUAAAACUGAGUUUGUAUAUAGUAAGAUGUGUGUGUGUGUGUGUGUGUGUGUGUGUGCGUGCGUGUGUGUAUGUGCGUGCGUGUGUGUGUGUGUGUGUGUGUGUGUGUGUGUGUGUGUGUACUGGCAGGGGUAGAGAGUGUGCAUCUGUAUUUUAGUGCCAUGGCCAUUGUGUGAAGAACAGGAUCCAACAAGACCUCAAUGUCCUUGUAUUUAUUGAGACGGUAAAUCCCUGUAAAGCACUUUUUUUCCCCCCCUCUGAAAUUGUUUUUGUUUUGUUAAAAAACAUGAAAUGAAACAAAAAGUUUAUUUGAUAGACUGUGCAUCAUAAUUGUUUUGUGUAAAAAAAAAAAAAAAAAUGCAAUAAAAUAGAAUGUGA